UUCUAAUAUUUACUGUGUUUACUGCAUGCACACAUGCUAUUUUUUAGUAUGUGCAACUGUUUCAGUUUUGUUAGUGUAAUUUACUUUAGUAGAACAUAAUUGUUGUAAUUUGUAGUUUUAGAGUCACUUAAUGCUGGGUGGGACAUGGAGUCACCGAACAAUAUCCCCUUGAUGACUGGCACGACCGACGAUGUGGUUGGAGGAGAGAAGGAAACAGGUCGAUCAUUAAAUUCAAAAGAAAUGAUUCUUGACAAUGAGAAAUCGUACCAAAAUCAGGACAACUUUAACCUUCAAAAUCAUGUCAACAGCGACUUUGACCCGGAAGAAUUUAUAUCAUCUUCACCAGGUUCGGUGUCUGGUGGCGAGGAAUUUGACGACGACGACGACGAUUUCAGCAACGAAGGAGACAAAGAAAACAGCUCAGCAUCCGAAUCUGAAGAAGAUCUCGACUUUCUAGACGAAGACGAAUGUUCUGAGUCUGAGCCGAUUUUUGACGAUGCACUUCUUAAAUUUAGGCAAAAACUAGACUCGAAAGUUGACGAUGCGGAAAGAUUCUUCGACCGUGGGGUGUUGCGAGGAAGGAAAUCUGUCAAUGUCGGAAUUCAAACAGAAGAAGAACCAAUAGUGCCUAGUUAUCAUAGCAGUAAUAUUGCUCCUUUACGAUCAUCAUCCAGAAUUAACUGUGAGAUUAACGGCAUCAAGUGUGUCGAAACUCAGACUGACGACACUUCCGUUUCUGGACUGUUAUUGUCUUCAUUUCGUGAGGAUCCGGAAUGUGCACGGAGUGAAGUGGCAAAGCUGAGAGAUGCUCGAGAACCACUUAACUUGGAGAGGAAAAGAAUGAUUAAGAGAUUGAAAGCUGCUAAAAAGGCAAAUGAAACAAGCGGAUAUAGAGUGCGAUGGGAAGAGGAGGAAAAACAAUUAUUUGAAUUGGAAGAAGCAAUUGAAGCGAUUGAUUUAGCAAUUGAAUUCAAGAAUGAAAUCAUUUGUGGUGGACAAUCUUCGGUCCUUUUGGAUGAGCUAGCUCCUGGACAGGAGAGAGCUGAACUUGUAACAAGGCUAGCUAGUCUUUCCGUAUUUGAUUUACAACGGUUAUUCUGCAAGGUAUUUGUUAAAGUUGUAGAGCUCCGGUCUAGCGCAAAGGAAUUAGAGAGAAAUGUCGACAAGUUGGAGCGUGAAAGUAAGCAGAUGCGAAGAACUAUCAGCAUCAAUAGGAAAACCUUAAAAGAAAAAGAUGAGGAACAUGAAAACGGGAUUAAACGGCUUUUACGCGAAUGUGCCAAAACUUCUGGAGCGGGGGUUGCAAGUGCUGGUGGCGAAGUGAUUUGGAUGACUCAAGAAUUAUCAAAAGCAAAACGAAAAUUGAUAGAUUUUCAGCACGCUCUAACAGAAUUGCUCGUGCGUCACGGAUACCUUAUUGAUGGCGCUGAUUUUGAUGUGAAACACGUAGUAAGAAUGUUGGGCAUUGAUUUUGGAGAGUUGAACAAACAAUUAGAAGCACGACCCAGUCACCACCAACACCACAGUUCAAUACAACAACACCACUUUACAAGAAGAAAUAUUAACCAGCGCCGAAAUGCAGAAGCGGAAAAUGCUGUUCCAUUUCAUCUUGCGCCGUCAUCAUCAUCUAGACGACCACACCCACCAACCACUAAUCAUCCAUUUGAAUAUGGUUAUGGUGGGACAAGUAGUCAUCCCCACUACCCUCAACGUUCAAAUCAACCCCAUUCAUCCUCAUCUCGAUAUAAUCAUCAUGCUCCAUUUGAAGGCUACCGAGAUAGAGGAAAUGGAGAAAGAGAAACAAUAAGAGACCGUGAAAGUCGUCAUGGACAAGGCCGUCACGUUAAGGUUCAUAACAAUCAUCAUCAUCAGGAUCGUACUGGUCACUUUCAACAAGUUCAGGUGCACGAAGAAAGAUUACCACACGGGACGGAAGUGAAAAGACUGAAGAAAAAGUUGAUUAUUCAGCCAAAUUCGUCACAAUAAUAUAAGACUACCAACUAAUUGAAAUAUUACGGAUUCCGUCCGCGACAAAAAUAAGCCUCUGGUAUUUAUGUCGACUGCCAAGUUGCCUUAAUUUAGUUCAGUUCACAGAAAAAUAUUCAUAUGAGCUUUCGUAUUAGAUUUACAAAUUUAACAUAAUUAUUUCUCAAUAUUAUGAAGAAAUCCACUCUUCUGACCACGCUACGACUUUUUUGAUUUGCGCCUAAAUAUAAUAUAUAUGCAAAAUUAAUAUUAUCAAAAAGCAGAAUAAAUAUUACAAAUAAAGAUUUGUUAAAUUCUAUAUCCAACGCCC